GUUUUAGAAAAGACGCAAUACAAGAAUCCUGUCUUGAAUAUGAUUCAUUUGGACCGAUUCCAAAUAUUACAGAAAUUGAAAAAUUCUAGACCUUGCCCAAAGGAAUUAAACUAUCUCCAAGAAAAGAACUAUUGCGGCAUUGAACCAGAGGCUAAGGGAUUUGGAACACAUCUGGUGUUGGACUUUGAUUUUCAAAUUAACUCGGAUGUCAGUGUAAAUCCAAAUCAAGUAAAAGAAGCUUUCUAUUACUUUGAUCUGCGACGAUCAACAAAGGUGUCUAGCAUAUUCAUUGUUUACACUGAUUUCAUUUAUCAGGUGAGGUAA